AUGGAACAAAUAAAACGACAAUUAGACGACACGGUUUAUAAUAAUAAUAAUAAUAACAACAAAAAACAAAAAUUAUUAGUAACAACAAAUAAAUUUCAUUUUGAAAUUUUAGCAAAUGAAAUAAUUUAUGAAAUAUUUGAAUAUCUUGAUGUUUACGAUAUUUAUUAUGGAUUCUAUUAUCUUAAUAAUCGAUUUAAAAACUUAAUUAUUAAUUCACAUCAUCCUUUUCAAGUAAAUAUUUCAACAAUAUCAAAAUCAAAUUUUGAAUUUUAUCAUGAAAAUAUGAUUAAACCAAAUAAACAUCGAAUAAAAAUUCUUCGUUUAUCCAAUGCAUUUACUGUUGAUAUUAUUUUUUCACCACCACGUAUUAUUUGUGAUUUUAUUCAACUUGAAAAAUUAAUUUUUGAUAAUAUCAAUUCAAAAUAUCUUAAUAACAUUCUUAAACAUUUAAUUCAUUUACCAAAAUUACAUUCAUUAAUUCUUUCUAUUGAUUAUAUUCAAAAUCCAAAUAUCAUUUUUAUUCAUAUACUUCGUUUAACAAAAUUAAAAUAUUUUAAAAUAAAAUAUAAUGAAAGCGUAUUACCGAUAGAUUUUGAUGAAUGUAAACAAAGUUCUAUUGAAUAUCUUAUAAUUGAUAGUCCUUUUCGAUAUGAAUCAUUUAAUAAAUUAUUAAUUUGUCUUCCCAAACUUCGUUAUUUAGUAAUUAAUUAUCUUAUUGGAUCGAAUUAUUCUGAGAUAGAUUUUAAUCCAAUUAUAUUAAAAGAUUUAAAAUAUAUCUCGUUUGGAAUUUAUUCGAUUAAUUUCUAUCAAUUUAAAAAGUUAAUAAAAAACUUUUUUAAUUCUAUUGAAAUUUUACAUAUUUCAACAUAUAAUAAUUCAACAUAUUCACAUGCAGAACAAUGGGAAGAAUUAAUUUCAUUUUCAAUGCCAAAUUUACGUAUUUUUGAUAUACAAAAUCAUUAUACUGAAGCAAUAGAUCAAUUCUUGUAUCUUUGUUUAAGUGGUCAAUUUGAAUCAAAGUUUUGGACUGAAAAACAAUGGUUUUUCGAACAUCAACAUGAUUACCACGAAAGUUCAAAUAAUGGAAUUUUUUUUUCAACAAAUCCAUAUCGAAGAAAAGAUCAUACAUUUUAUUGGCAAUUUGAUCACAAUAAUAAUUUACAUUCUCAAAAAACUAAUUUCAAAUCAGUUAAACAUAUUUAUAUUUGUGGUAAACGAGCUAUAAACAAUUCUGUUAUUUAUUUUCCAAAUGUAACUGAAUUAACAAUUAAAAAUUAUAGUAGAACAUAUUAUGGUUCAAUUUUAACAGCUCUUAAUCAAAUUAUUUCUUUAAAACAAUUGAACAAAUUGAUUAUUGAUUGUAAUGAUUUUCCAAUUAAAGAAUUUAUGAAUUUAAUAAAUUCUACACCUAAUUUAUGUACAUUAAAAUGGAAUUUUCAAUCGAUUGAUGAAACAAAAUCAAAAUUAAUUCAACAAAGUGAAAUUUUUCGAUCUAUAUCAAAUACAAAUAAAAUUCAAAAUUUAGAAAUUUUUAAUUGUUGUUCGUUAGAAGAAAUUUAUUUUGUUGUUAAUUUAUUUCCAAAAUUAGAAUAUCUUAAAACUGGAAUAUAUAGAAAAGAAAUCGUUCCAAUUACGCGAUGUAUCUUAUUAAAAAUGCAUCAUUUAUUUUACUUAUGUAUUACAGAUAUGUCGAAAACAUGUUUACAAAAAUUAAAUAUUUUAAUUAAAUCAGAAAAUUUACUCGAUGAUUAUUUUAUUAAAUUUGUUGAUCAUAACUUGUAUUUAUGGUGGUAAAGACUUAAGAGUUAUUUAGGAUGUAUUUUAUUGUUUUAUAUAUAAUUAGUUAUUACUUUUAAAUAAACAAGAGUUAAAGAUUUAUCUUUAACUCAAUUGUCACUAAUGAAGCGUCAGUAUAUUUUUAUAAAAUAAUAUAACAGUUGAGUCUCUAUAGAAAAAAGUCAAUGUAAAAGUUCUUUAUUCUUUUAUAAGAUGUGAAUCAAAUUUGUCUAGAUAGAAUAUGUUUGAUCAUUUUUUGCAAGUAUAAUUUCUAAUUUAUUAGUCAAAAUUGAAUUUUCAACUUAUUUUGUUUUGACAACGUUGUAUUGAUUCGUAGGUUAAUGGAUUAAUAAGAACUGAAUCGAAAGUACAAGUUAAUAUUUCGAAUGGAUGAUGGUACAGAUUUAGGCUUAUCAAAUUAAAAUUUCAGAAAUCAGGAGAUUUUCUAUUUGAAGUUGAAGAAGCAUCUGGUAAUAUUUCUCAGAGAAAAUUCAAAUUGUCUCAUAUAAAUGCUUUUAUCUCUUAUGUAUCAAUUUCAUGAACAAUAAUUUAAUACAACUACAGUAAAACUUCUGUAUAGUGAACACCAACGGGACCCUCCAAAAAGUGUUCACUAAAGGAGGUGUUCAUUAUAUGGCGGUUUUUCAUCGACUGCACUCUUGCGUGUAUGCAAUGCAUAGCUAGUAUGCACGACUCAUGACUACGCACAUCUUAUCAGCAGCGAGCCAACCAAGAAC